CGGGGCUCAGUCGACGCGACGGGCUGCCAGCUGAUCGGGAGGAGGGGCGUAGCUCCGACGGGCCGCGGGCAGUUCGCGCUAUCUUCCCCCCUCGAGAGGGGUCAUCGCUGUUGUCGAGAGCGCGUCGCGGUGUGACGGAUUGCUGGUUCACGUCUUCAGUCAUUCACACAGUCGUUUGCUUAAAGCGGGAACUCCGGGGAAAGUGCGUCGCUGCAACUCGCCGGGAGCGAAGGCGGGGACUCCACAUCGACCCACGCGGCCCUGAGUCCGGAACAGUCGCUGAGCUGCGGGGAGAGGGGGGGGGACUCUGAAGAAACCAACUGACAAUCAGUGGGGCGGCCCAGGUGUGUGAGGAGGGGAGGGGAGCAGGAGGAGGGGCGGCCCAGCGCUGCCAACCCCGCGGCAGUCCCCGGCAGUCCGCGCCGCGCGCCGGUGCUCCGGUGAUGUGACGUGAGGACCCCGCGCGCGCGCCCCGCCAUGUUGUCGUACAUGCUGCCCGUGGAGGACAAGCCGCCGCCGGCGCCCAGCAAGACGCACCUGCAGCUGCAGCUGCAGCAGCAGCAGCAGAGGAACGGCCGCGCGCCAGUCUCCUCGGAGAGCAGCGCCAGCAGCUUCAGCAGCAGCGAGGUGGCCAGCUCGGCCAGUCAGAGCACAGUCACGCCCACCGACCGGCCCAAGCCCAAGCUGGUCAUCAACGGCACCAAGCACCACGCGCCCCUCAAGAGGGUCUCCUUCGGCAGCUCCAAGGGCUCCAUGGUGGAGACGCUGAUCUACGAGAGCCCCCUGCAGGAGGAGCCCGAAGCCAGCCCCAUCUUGGAGAUCUCCUGCCCCUUCCCGAGUGACUCGGAGACCUCAGAGUCCGAGCCCAGCAAGAGGGUGCGGGUCACGUUCUUCGAGUCUGAGCGGCCGCUGGCGGUGACCUCGCCCGACCCCAGCGAGCUGCUGCUGUUGGAUGCUGCGGGCCCCGCCAUGACGUCCCCCGCCCCCGCGCCCGCCAUGGCGUCCCUGGACUCCGCGCCGCCCUACGACCGCCAGAACAGCACUGACAGCGGCUGGGACAACCCCUUCCGGCCGGACGGCGACCUGAGCCGCGAGGCGGACCAGAUCGUGGAGCUGAUCAAGGGCGGCAAGCCCAUCACGCCGACGCCGCUGCCCGAGGCGGCCGCGGAGACCGCCCCCGCCCCCGCCGUGCUGCAGCAGCAGGCCGCGCCGCCCCCGCAGCAGCAGCAGCAGCAGCAGCAGCAGCAGCAGCAGCAGCAGCAGAAGGCGGGCGCGAACGGCGCCGCCCCCUGCGCCGCGGACAAGGCGGCGGCGCCCGUGGAGGUGCGGCGCGAGACCGUGGUGCCCGCGGGAGACGCCUCGCAGGUGGAGCACGUGGUGCUCAAGAAGAAGCCCAAGUGCAAGUGCUGCGUCAUCCAGUAACUCUCGGUGCACUCUCUCGAGCCGCGAUGCUUCUGCCCUUUCUGCCCUUUCUGCCCUUUCUGCCCCCACGCCUAACCCUCCCCUAGCGCGCCCUAACCCUCGUGUCCAGUAGCACCGGGGACGGAUCCCUGUCGACUCUUGUGUACAUAACCUCAACACACACAUUGUUACAUUGUUAAAUUACAAUAUUAAAAAAUAUAUAUAUUUGACGGAUAAAACUAAAGUUACUUUUAAAGUUUGUAUUACUUAAAAUCCUGUACAUAUUCAAGGGCCGAUAAAAAGUAAAUUGUUACAUUGUUAAAUUAAAAUUUUAAAAAAAUAAAAUCAUUUGACGGAUAAAACUAAAGUUACUUUUAACGUUUGUAUCGCUUAAAAUCCUGUACAUAUUCAAGGGCCAAUAAAAAGUUUCGUCUCCCCCAAGCUGCACCCCCGGGGGUUGGCUGGAAUUCUCCCCCCCCCCCCCUUUUUUUCUUCUUCUAGAUCCGUCCCUGAGUGAUACUGGUACCAACGUCUGCAGACGUGAUGGAAUUUUCACGUGGUGCUAGAGUAAAAGAAAAAAAAGAAUCCAUUUAUUUUUUUAUUAUGUUAGAUAAUCCCACUUUGUAAUACAACACAAGGUUAUUCUGGCAUUUAAGUGGUAGCACCUUAACUACACUCAUACGUUGAUUAAAAAUGCAAUGAUUUGUUUGUGUCCUGAUGAAUUUUAUUUUUGUUUAGUAUUUUGGAGCUCUGGUUCAAUCCUUGUUCCAGUUUAUUGUUUAGGGUACUCACUGUUAUGUUGGUUGUAAGUAACGAUAAUGCAAGAAGAGAGUCGUGCACUUCUGGGGAAACAGGACUGAUGAAAAAUGAAUUACCAAAAUGCUGUGGUCAAAAGCACUAGUGCUAAUUUAUAAAUGUGUAUAAUAAGAAAUUUAUAUGAAAAUAUUGAAACAGAGUUUCUAGAAGUGACUUUAAUGUGAAGAUGAGGUGUAUUUACAUGUGGUGCAUUUUUCCCAGCUUAAUGCUUCUGUCGAACAAUGAAGUCUUGGUCGUUGGACUGUUGAAGAUGCAGCGAGUGCAUAGUUAUUGCAGAGUAAAUAUUUUUUUGAGAUAUCUGUGAAGGGGGUGAGACGGAAGAAGCGAUAUACCCUGCGUCACACCUUGAUUAGGUAGAACAGUGUGAUGGUGGUGCUUUGCGACAGUUUGAAAGUGCUGCUUUCGGCAGGUGGUACAUCCUGCUGCAUACAUAUAUUAUCUGUAAGAAAAUUGUAAGACCAAUGUGAUCUUAAUUUUAGUUUGAUGUUAGGGAGAGUAAAUAUACAAAAAAGAAAAUAAAACUUUAUCAUAUUAAUUUAAUGUUAACAUUGGUUUUUUAAUGUAAAUCUUUGUGUUUCUAAAACUUUUUAAACUGACUUAAAAUAUUACAUUACUUUGUAUUCA